CGACGUACCAUGAUACUUUCUGUUUUGUCGAGCCCUGCUUUGGUCUCUGGUUUGAUGGUUUCACGUGCUAAAAAUCCGGUACAUUCCGUUUUGUUUCCCAUCCUAGUCUUUCGCGACACUUCAGGUUUACUUCUUUUGUUAGGUCUCGACUUCUCCGCUAUGAUCUUCCCAGUAGUUCAUAUAGGAGCUAUAGCCGUUUCAUUCCUAUUCGUUGUUAUGAUGUUCCAUAUUCAAAUUGCGGAGAUUCACGAAGAAGUAUUGCGCUAUUUACCAGUUAGUGGUAUUAUUGGACUGAUCCUUUGGUGGGAAAUGUUCUUCAUUUUAGAUAAUGAAACCAUUCCAUUACUACCAACCCAAAGAAAUACGACCUCUCUGAGAUAUACGGUUUAUGCCGGAAAGGUACGAAGUUGGACUAAUUUGGAAACAUUGGGCAAUUUACUUUACACCUACUAUUUCGUCUGGUUUUUGGUUCCUAGUCUAAUUUUAUUAGUAGCCAUGAUUGGGGCUAUAGUACUUACUAUGCAUAGGACGACUCAGGUAAAAAGACAGGAUGUUUUCCGACGAAAUGCUCUUGAUUUUAGGAGGACUAUAAUGAGGAGGACGACAGAUAACUCACGAUCUACUAAAAGGAAAGUUUCCGGAGAUAUUGGUUCGAAUCCAAUUCGUGAGAUAGGAUGGGAAGGAAGAGAGUAAGCAAGUUUCCCGCCUCUUGGUUUCCAGUCUCAGUGCCUGUUCUAAAGCAAGUGCCAAAAACAAGUUCUAGUGAAAGCUCGAAAGAAAGCUAUCUCUAAGCGAUAGGACUUGUGUACCCCGAGAAACGUAUUCCGCAGGACAGGAAAGACAAGUAUGGUAGAGAAGCUGUUUUCCCCCUCUAAAUGAAGAACCUGCGAAUAGUACUUGAGGCUUACACUUCAUCUCAACAGGUAAGGGCCCACGUGUGGAGAGUUUCUUUAACCAGUGGUAUCCAGUAUGACUUCUUUCAGGUUCUAUCCAAUCCAAUAUCACCUGAAAAAAAGUAUAGUUCUAGUUUCGAGGUCAGGUCCUUCCCUAACCCUAACGAGGAGGAGAGGACAAGAUAGCGUAUUUUUAGUCGAACUGGAACAUAAUUCUAAUUCCGUAUCGUAUCUCACAGUGAAGUUCCGGACUACACUACCAUAUUAUAUAUAUAUUAUCGGUGAAUGAAUUCCCGACUCCCGAGUGGUCAACUUAGAGGGCGCCCGCCUUUCCCGCAUCUUCGAGACCUCAGCUCAGCAGACCUUCGAGCCCGUCUCCUACUUCUGAGUCCGAUUCGGCUUCAGCAGCUAAUGUAGAUUUUGCCGAUUCUGCUUUUUCUUCAACAUCAACAGAUUCGUCAGCUGAAACUAAUUCCGCUUUAGCCUGAAUGAGAAAAAUAAGGGGGGGCCUUAAACAGGAUAGGGCAGGAUAGAUAAAAGGCUUUCUCUUUAAGUUACGCUACCGAUCCGAUACUAGUAUCGAAUCCACCCUUUGCUGCCUUUCGAGCCCUGAAACCUACCCUAUAUCUCUGUCCUGGCACUUCAUAGAAGAAGGAGCUUCCGCUGGAUUUACUCUGUAAGCUGGAGCCACACCACGAGUGCUUGACUGGACGAAGUCUGCUAGAAGCUCAUCCCAAGGAAGCUUCUUUGUCCACCUUUAGUCGAAGAGUUUGAUGACCGGAUGGAUGGCGCCUUCAUCAAAGGGGUAGCAAUCCAAGUGAUCCUUACAAGCAACUGCAGUCCCUGAUAAGGCAGCUAUGAUGGUAGGAACCCGAGGAAAAAAGAGUAUAGACCUUGGAGUUAUCCGCAGUGCCACGGCUCUCGCAUCUUUGGACACAGCAGAGAGGUUGUCUAGGGCGACAUUAAUAUGACAGAAUAUCUAUGAUGACUCCAUGUAAGCAAGACUAUAUAGUCAAAAAAUCCACCAUAUUAGCCUAAAAGCCUAUUAGACAGACAUCUGACUUUCUUUGGAAUUACGGUACUACCUUCCCUUUCCCUUCCAGGAUGUCUCAAUAAUGGGGCCUACCCAUAAGAUAAAAGAAGAUUUCCUUUUGCGGAUCUAUCUAUGUAGAAAAGGGGUGCUUCGGAUCGGGAGUAAUCACUAGUGAUAGGGCACUCGGGAUCGGUAGUGUUCCCCCCAUCCCUUAGUCGGUGCUCCAUAAUACGGCAGACAGACUACCCUACCUUUGAGGCUUAAUGAGGGGCUUUAGAAGCCUUUUGUCUUCUCUUAGUCUCUCCGCCCAUUCACGGAGAUUCUGAAUAUUUGUCUGGAUCAGUAGCGAGCUUACCUUUCUAUUCUCACUUACUACUAUUACGUAACUCUAUAUAAGCUCAUUAAGGAGUCAAUUAGAGAACUUCUGUAGCUAGCUUAAGGAGUCCUUUCUUUACUGUGUAUGAAGUUCUUCUAGAGUCAGUGAAAGGGGAGUUAACACCAUGAACUCUCUUUCCUUUC